AUAAUAAAAUCUAAAUAUUUUACAAUGAUUUAAUUUAUUUUAUAACCAUUUGACAAUAUUUAUUAUAUUGCUAUCAUUUUGUAUAAAAAGAUUGUUCAUAAUUAGUGUACCUUUUUAAAAUAUGGCUCUUCUUGAUGGAAUUUGUUCAAAAAUUAUGGAAUCCAAAAAUAUUCGCACCGUCCUAGAAUUAUUUGAAGAAUUAGAAGAUAGGGAUUUUACCUCGGCCAGUAUAUAUUUAGUUCCUCCACAAGAUUUUAUUGAAAGUGAGGAAGACAGUUGGGAUGAAGAUAAAGAUGACCCCAUUGACAAUCUCACCAGUAGACAAUUGCGAUCCCAAGCCAUCUUGACUAUUAAAUCUCGUGAUGAUAUCAUGAUCUAUAAUGAAAAUAUUCCAUCAUCUAGAAAAACAAACUUAAAAUCAUCUAUAACUUGGGAAAAAACUGAUUUGAAUCCAGAUUUUCCUAUUUUUCCAACUCAUGCGGACUAUAAUAAUGAUAUGAAGUUUCAAGAACCAAUAGAUUAUUUUGAAUUAUUCUUCGAUAAUGACGUCUGCCAAGCGUUGGCAAAUUAUUUUAUUUCGUAUGCGCGACUCAAAGGCGAUCAUCUUUUUCAGACCGAUGCAAACGAAAUAAAAUGUUAUACGGCUAUUCUGCUUUUAUCAGGUUAUAUCAAUGUUCCCCGAUGGCGAAUGUUAUGGGAGACACAUUCAGAGACAUACAAUUGGUUUGUUGCAAAUUCUAUGAGCAGAAAUCGUUUUGAGCUCUUAAAAAGAUAUACACAAUUAUCAGAUAAUAAUAAUCCCUUAACAGGCGAUAGAUUUGGUGCCGUAACACCAAUUCUUAGCCUACUCAAUCAAAGGUAUCUAAAAUAUGCCCGAAUAUCUGAAUUCAUAUCCAUCGAUGAAUCCAUGGUACCAAAUUACGGCAAGCAUAGCGCUUACCAAUUUCUCAAAGGAAAACACAUACACGUUGGUUAUAAAAUAUGGUGUAUGUGUAAUCCUUCUGGAUACUUAAUACAAUUUAUUCCUUAUCACGGGAAAGAAAAUCAACAAAAUUUGGAUUUGGGGGUUGGGGGAUCUGUGGUCAUAAAAUUGGUAUCGUAUUUGCCUCCUGGCCUUCCUUACAAAAUUUAUGCGAAUCAUUUUUUUUCUUCAAUAAAUUUAGCUUAUCACCUUAAAAAUAAAGGCAUUGGUUACACUGGGACUAUAUUGGCAAAUAAAAUAGAAAAAUGUCCAAUUUGUCCCGAAACUCUAGCCAAAUGUGCAAGGGGUAGCUAUGAUUAUCGAACUGAUGCAGCACAAGGUCUUGCAAUUACCGGAUGGAAUGAUAAUCGUCUAGUCAUGUUUAUUAGUACAGCUGAUGGAAUUUUGCCUAUAGAAAAAGUCAGCAGAUGGGUAAAGAUACAUAAAACUAGAGAAAUGAUAGAACAACCCAAUGUUGUCGCAAAAUAUAAUAUAUAUAUGGGGGGUGUAGGCCACCUGGAUCAGAACAUCAAAGAAUAUCGAGUCGGAGUCAGAUCAAAUAAAUGGUGGUGGCCAUUAUUUGGAUUUGCACUUGAUGCAUGUGUAAAUAACUCCUGGCAUAUAUACAAAGAAUCUAAUCCUAAAAAGGAACUCGAUUUAUUAGGGUUUAGAAGGGCUAUCGUGACAACUUACUUAAUGAAGUAUGGUAAAAUACCAGCCUCAGCGGCACUAAAAUUUCCCAGAACCUUAAAUUCACGUGUUCCAAACAGUGUGAGAUUUGAUAGAGAUGGUCAUUGGCUAAUAUCAUCUGAUAAACAGAAUAGAUGCGCCUUAUGUAGGAAAAACUCUCGAUUAGUAUGUGAGAAAUGCAGGGUAAAUUUACAUAUAGCCUGCGCUAAAACAUAUCAUAGUCAAUGUGAAUAAUAUCUUAUCUCUAUUACCUCAUUGUAUAAUAAAUGCGUUAGAUAUUAUUAAUUAUAUUUAUCUGUCUUGAAUGUCUACAAUUAUAUUUUUCUCUAGAAAAUACGAUACAUGACCCUUCAAUUAAUAAUUUUAAAUUAGACUCUAAA